GAGGACGGUCAUGCUGGGGGUCCGGGUUCGCAUCCUCUCUUUGCUGCUGGCGCCACUGCUGCUGGGCUCCGCGCGAGGCUUGCGCGUGGAGCUGAUCUGGAAACCUCUCCUUGGCCCCUGUCCUUUCUAAGGAACGCGCCUUCCAGAGCCCACCUGCACGGAACUGGCGGGGGACCCUUCUCGCCGCGGAGGAAAUGGCCACCUUCAGGCAGCUGUCGCUGGGUGCGAAGGCCGCCCUGGCUGCUGUCACCGUCUUCCUGUCCAUGAUGGUCUCCCGCUCCUUUCUGGCCGAGAGCCUUGAGCUCAGGGCCUGGCGUUGGCUGUUCCGCUUGCAGCUUGCCCUGUUCGUCAACUCGCUCAUGCUCAUCGGCUCGCUCUACAUCUGGCGCAGCACGGUGACCCACCUGGGCCACUCCCCAGCUGCAGAGUCCACCUGUUUUGGGCUCUGGAAGGUGGCCAUCGUGACGUUCCUGGCCCUGGCCCACUCCAGUUUCUUCACCAUGCUCUUUCUGGUGGCGGAGGAGCCCUACCUCUUCUCCCUGGCGGCCUACUCCUGCCUGGGUGCGUACAUCAUCAUGGUCUUCUUCCUCUGCAUCCUCAGCGCCAUGGAGCAGGCCUGCCAGCUCGUGGCCUGGCGCAGCGGCAGGGUUAUGGGCAGCCUCAACAAGGCCAGGAUGCUGCUGCUCAGGCCCACCUUGGCGGUGGGAGUGACCGCUGUGCUCAGCGUCAUGGGGCUUCUGAACGCUGCCCAGCCCCCGGCCGUGAAGACCGUGGAGGUGCCCAUGCAUCAGCUGCCAGCCUCGAUGGACAACCUCAAGAUCGCGCUGCUCUCGGACAUCCACCUGGGCCCCACCGUGGGCAGGACCAAGAUGGAGAUGUUCGUGAGGAUGGUGAACGUGCUGGAACCAGACGUCACGGUCAUCGUGGGAGACCUCUCGGAUUCCGAAGCCGCGGUCCUGCGGACGGCCGUCGCCCCUUUGGGUCAGCUCCGGUCACGCCUUGGCACCUACUUCGUCACGGGUAACCACGAGUACUACACGUCGGAUGUGAGCAACUGGUUCGCGCUGCUGGAAUCCCUGCACGUGCGGCCUCUUCAUAACGAGAACGUGAAGAUUUCUGCCACGCGAGCCCGAGCAGGGGACGGCGGUGGCGAAGGUGACGACUGGAUGUGCCUGGCUGGGGUGGACGACAUCGAGGCCGACAUCCUGCACUACUCCGGCCAUGGCAUGGAUCUGGCCAAAGCCCUGGGCGGCUGCAGCCCAGACCAUGCCACCAUCCUGCUAGCUCACCAGCCCCUGGCGGCCAAGAGAGCCCUCCAGGCUCGGCCGGAUAUUAACCUGAUCCUUUCUGGGCACACGCACGCUGGACAGAUCUUCCCCCUGAACGUGGCAGCCUAUCUCCUGAACCCCUUCUUUGCGGGUCUCUACCAAGUGGCCCUGACGACAUUUGUCUAUGUCAGCCCGGGCACGGCCUACUACGGGAUCCCCAUGAGGUUGGGGAGCAGAGCGGAAAUCACAGAGCUCAUCUUACAGCGGGCUCCCUGAGCCCCCUGCCCUGGAGGGCCUCUGCCCUGCACUUGCCCUCCACACUCCACCCUUCCAGAGUGGUUUGCCUGCUUUCCUCGCUCCAGCCCUUCCCGCCGAGCCCAGCCAACACUCCACUGGUCCCGAGCUGGACUGGUCACAGGGAUUUGGGGUGAGGGUGCUGCUUGGCCAAUUCAGGCUGGUUUCACUCUUCAGUGGGCCAUUUACAGUCGACCUUCAUCUGUGCACUUGCGAGGCCCCUAGGUCACGGGUGUGUGUGUGUGUGUGUGUGUGUGUGCGCGAGGCCUGAUUCUCCAGGUGGUGUGGCAUGAGGCCCUCUCGCAGAGCUCACGGGGAGGGACUGCAAGGAGGAGUUGCUGGAAAGGGAGGCUUCUAGAAAGCAGUGUCUGGAAGGAGCAGGGAAGUUUCCCUCUGGGUGUUUUUAAACCUCUAAGAUUUAAGUGGUUGCCAGAAUCAUUACUCCCGGUGACCUUCUGGCAAAGGGGCACUAUUGCUAAGUGACUCCGGAGAGCAGAUAAGAUGGGAGGUUCCUCCCGCUGCUGGAGGCCAAGAAUGUUUCUUUUCUUCUUUUCACCUUUGUUGAGGGAAUCAGCUUUGGGGGUGACGGUGGUGAUGCUAGGGGUAGGAAUUUAAAGGUGUUUUUUGUUGUUGUUGUUUUGUUUCUUGCCUCCCCUGUUUCAUUUGAUACCACGCUUGGGUGAGGUGACUAGGAAUAGGCUGCAGAGAGUGGUGGGACCCUGGUGAUCUGGCAAGGCGUGUACGACCUUCCGACCUCCCAGGACAGGUGUUCUCGCCACUGACGUUCAGUAGCUCUAUCUGCUGCAGAGGGCGGAAUGCAGCCUCACCUGUGGGAGAGCCUCCACAGGGGCCUCGACCUCUGAUCUUUCAAAGUGAUUUGCGAUUUGCUGGAGGCUGAUGGUCUAAAUGACAGGGGCUGGUGCCUGUGAGGGAGCCGGUGAAUUCCAGGGUAUUUGUUAUGCUGGAAAAUGAGCCAGGAAACUGGGGGCCUCUUAACGUUCCUUGGUCUGGAUUUUCUGGGGAAGGUGAGUCUGGGGCAGGCCCCUGUGCCUCUGGCAGGCCCUCCAGGGGUUCCUCCCCAGGAAUGGGAGGAAAUGUGGAAUGCUAGGACUGUCUUUCCAGCAGGGUGGCUUCCAUCACACCAGGCUGAACUAAGAGCUGCCCUGAGGCUCUGGCCACAGAACAGGAGGGCUGUCUACUGGCCUAGAAGCUCAGGGAUAAAGAGGUAGGAGUGAGCAUGUUAUUAGGGACGCCUACUCUGUUUGCCCAGUCAUUGUGCCAGAGGCAAGACCUUGAGAUGGUAGUCAGCACUUGUGUUAAAAAAGCCUUGGGGAGGGACCAGCAGACGGCAUAAUGGCUAGGUCGCUGGACUCCCAUGUAGUCGACUGUAGUUCGAGUCCAGGACCUGGUGGCUUAAACUCAGCCGGGUGCACGUGCGUGCAUGCCCAA